AUCUCUUUUAUGGGUUCGAGUCACUUUUCCAUAACACCUUUUACACUUAUCCAAUACAACCAAGAUAUCGUGUCAUUUUACCAACUCUCUGGAGUCAAUAGCAUAUGGUUUUUAUUACUUUGAUUUUUCCGAAUGGGUCAUCCAUCCAUUUUAUUAAUCGUGCCCACGUUGCUCGACUUUAUUGAUCUUUGAUGGGAAUUACUAUUCCAACGUAACUGUUGACUAAUAUAUGUAUAAUAUUGUGCAUUUGAAUUAACUCAACAUUUCGAUAAUAUAACCUCAAAAAUUGUAGAGAAAUUCGAUUAGUCAGAGUUUGGAAGUUGUGUGAAGUAACUGUUAAAAAGAAAAAACAAUUUUCUACAAAAUGACAAAGUUUUUGGAUUUAUUGGAGUUUUUUGAUCAAGAUCAUAAAUUAUAUAACUCCUUUUUGCAAGAUUUUUUUGCAACUGGUUAUGAUUUACCAUUUAAUUCAGACGAGAUAAAAGAUGUGCAUGAUGCAAUCAUAUCCACGAUCAAUAAUCGAUUAAAUGAAGCUGCUACUCGAUACAAUGGUUUACUUCUAUUAAAUGCGUAUUUAACAAAAUGCUCACCUAAGAUGCUUUCAAAGUACGGCAUGUUAUGGAUAGGAAAGGCUACUAAAGAAUUGGAAGAUAUUGAUAAUCAUCCUGAACAUCUUUCAAUAACUUGUAAAGUUAUUGGAAAUGUAAUUACACAAUGCAAAUCUAUAUCAGAAUUGCAAAAGCAGAUAUCGAUGGAAAAUGUUAAACAACUUAUAAAUAUUUUGGAUAAUCUAGAAUCAGUCAUUAACUGUGGUGCUACAUAUUAUCUUCUUGCUACUUUAUUAUAUCACUAUCCAGAAGCUUGCGAACGUUUACAGACAUUAAUUAGAAAAAUAAUAUUUCUUCAAAUAGAUGCUUCUAAAAGCAAUUUAGUUAAUGCGGGAGCUAAAUGUUUUGCUCUUUUAACUAGAACAACAGAACGUUCUUUUAAACCGCCUCCAACAAAGUUAUACUAUACGUGUUGGACUUAUAAUCAAGCAUUGAUAUGCAACAGUUUACAUGAUAUAAUGGAUAGUUUCUUUUCAGAUUUAUUAGAAACUGAAAGCGUAGACAUUUGGGAUAAAUUGAAGUUAUCAAGUAUAUCGGAAGAAAAUAUAUUUGAAUAUUAUUCUAAACAACAACAAAGGUUUUCCAACUUAUGCGUGUACUUAUCUGCUAUGUUACACGGAUGCGAAGAAAGAAAUUCUGUCUUACCUAAUGAUAUUUUAAGAAUAUUAUGUCGUGGCUUAGCUAUUAGACCUAUGCAUUUGAAAAAGGAAAAUUCUAUUAAAGGACAGAUAUUAUAUUUUUUUCUUCCCAAGUUACAUAUUAGUUUAUUUAACGUUUUAAGUGCUUUUAUAGACGGAUUUAAAAAAGAACUGAUACCAUAUGGUUCGACAAUUUUACAAUUAUUUCAUCAAACGUUAAAAUGGACAGCAAAUGAGUUAAAAGAUCAAGAAACAAUUAGUAGCAGUAAACCAUUAAAAAAUCUAAGAUUAUCCGUAUACAAAUGUCUCUCACUAUGGUUAAUAAGUAACAAUUCGCUAUCUGGCAUUGAAACAAUCAUAGAUGAAUGUCUUCCUUUUGUGCUUAAAGAUAUAAUUUCAGAAAGAGAUCGUGUACUUUUGACUGUAAAAAAUACAUCCAAAAAUUUAUCGAGAAAAGCCUUGAAACGUAUUAGAGACGGUCAAUAUGAAAAGAAUUCAGCUUUAAAUAAUACAAUUGCAAUUAAAAAGAAUCCAUGUUUAGAUGCAGAUUUAUGCACGGAAGCUCUUAUUACUUUACAAAAUAUUUUAUUUUGUAGUUACAUGAAAUCAACACUUUAUAUGAAUAUACAGAACGUUGUAAUUCCACUUUUGUAUGAAUAUUAUCUUGGAUCACCUGUACAAACGUUUUAUAAGGAAAAUACACAAUGCCGUUUGCAACUGUUAAGAAUAUUGAAAGAUUUACAAUUAAAUUCACAUGCAUCAUUAACACCUCCAACGCAAUACGCUAUAGAAAUUUUCGAAAUGGCUCUUGACGAUGUUAAUCUAGAUAUUGUUCAAGAAGCUCAAUGUGCAUUAUCUGAAUUAGAAAAAAUUAUACAUCCUUCCGCACCAACUUUAUGCUUACCUAAAACAAAAGAAUUAAUAGAGGAAGAUGAACUUCGUUCUAAUGAAUUAAAAGAACAAGAAAGUAUGUCAAAUGAAGAAAUUCUACCACCGUCGAAGAAACGGCCAAAAAUAAUAGAUAUUGUCACAUUUAUUUCCGAUGAAAAAAAUCAUAUAGAUUCAGGAACUAAUAUUAUAGAUAAAGUAACAGAUAAAUCGAUAAGUAUAGAUAGUUCUAAGUCAGAAGAUUACUUGUUACAAGAAAGUAAAAGUAUUGUAAAUAGAGUACCACUUAUAGAAGUAAAAGAUAUCGAAAAAAAUGCUGAACCUGAACAGCAAAAUAGUGUAAAAGAAGAUCAGAUUUUAUCAGAAGAAUCUGAUAAAAUAAUAGAUAGACAAUCAGAGCAAACGGAGGUAAAAUCGACAAAAACGGAUGCUGAGAAAGAUUCAAGGGAAGAUAAUCCUCAACAAGAAGAUAAUUUAAAAUCUUUGGAAGAGAUGAAAGAUAUAUUAAUGGAUAAUGAAAAACAAAUGUUACUUUGUUUUCAAGACCAACUGAAAGAUGAAUAAAUAUAAUUGUA